AUGAAUUUUAUUCCUCCCGAUGCUAAACGUAUUGCUGAAGCGCUUGGUGAUAUUUCAAAGUUACCAAGAGAUAUGCAACUGGCUGUGACAAACAAACUUAAUGAAAGUUUUCAACCGGUACCGAAACCUAAGAGUAGUGAUUGGUUGGCAAAUCAUGCAGAACAAGGACAAACUAUGAAAUCAUUUGAACGAACUAUGUCAAAAGCUAUUCCUCAUGCAACUUUUAAAACAAUCUAUAUUCAAUCAAUCGGUAGUUUUAAUCAUCCAAGAGCUGCACCACUUGACAUAAUUAUACAAUUCGCUUGUGUAUUUUUUUCCGGAUGUGACGUUGAAUUAUUACCAACGAUUGAUUUUUCAAAAGAUAUGAAAUCAAGAAAUAACUAUGGAACAAUACAAUAUCGAACAGAUGGCUUUUAUAAUUGUUUAUCUCAAACACGUCAUAAGCGUAAUACAAGACGAGAACUUUUAUGUGUUGCUGUAACUAUGGCUGACAUUUAUCCUGAUGAAGAUUGGAAUUUUGUUUAUGGACAAGCACAUCCAAUAGACGGUUUCGGUGUCUAUUCAUUUGCACGUCUUGAUCCAUUAUUUCGAGAAUCACCAAAAACAUUACUCACUACUCCAUUAACUGAUGAACAUCGUAUAAUAAUGCUUCGACGUUGUGUGAAAAUUCUUCUGCAUGAACUAGGUCACUUAUUUGGUUUAAAACAUUGUAUCUAUUAUGUUUGCUUGAUGAAUGGUGCAAAUCAUGAACGUGAAAUGGAUCGACAGCCGUUGUAUCUAUGUCCUGUUUGUUUACGUAAACUUUAUUCGACAUUUAAUUUUAAUGUUCGAACUAUAUAUGAAAAAUUUAUCAAUCUAUGUGAAACAUAUGGACUUGAAGAAGAACGUAUAUGGUAUCAAAAACGUCUAGAUUGUAUUCAAGACUAA